CACACAUAGAAAUAGAGCGUCCUUUGCUUCUUGCCAGCUUUUGUCUGCCAUUAACGACUUAAAGACAUCUCUCAACCGGACUAUCAACACUUAGAUACCGGAAUGCCUGCUGCCACCGCUACUGCUGCUGCAAUCCCAUCUCCCGCUUCUCUCAAAGCCGCCGUUGUCGCCGACGGCCAAAUGAAUAUCUCCGCACUCUUCGUAGCUGACAAAGCUGCACGCGAAUCCGCUGCAAAGCCCCUAGUUGCAAUCGCUCAAAAAGAAGGCCCCGCGGCUUUACAAUCCGCCGGAUUCGCCGAUGCUAUCGUCAAGGCUCUUGCCGACAAAAAAUCCCCUGCUACCCGUGAGGGUGCUGCUAAUGCCAUUAUCGCUCUCGCCAAGAACGGCGCCAUCAGGGCGCUCGAGCCUAUUUUCAUCGAUUCUGGCAUUUACAAUGCCCUCCUCGAGACUUUUGCCGACAAGAUGCCCGCUGUGAGGACAGCUGCCGUCGAAGCGGUUCGGGAGUAUGUCGCUGCCAUGAGCCCAUGGGCCACUGCUCUCAUCCUUCCUGCUCUUCUUCACGAGAUCAAAACUGCCGGCAAGUGGCAGAUCAAGACCGGCUCUCUCGUCAUUCUCAAUCAGCUUGUCACGAGCGCUCCUGUCCAGACUGCUCGUCUCAUGCCUGAGAUCGUCCCUGUCCUCUCAGAGGCAAUUUGGGAUACCAAGGCCGACGUGAAGAAGGCUGCCCGUGAUUCACUUACAAAAGCCACCGCUCUGGUGUCGAACAAGGACAUAGAACGCUUUAUUCCUGCUCUUAUUAAGGCUCUUAUUAAUCCUGUCGAGGAGGUUCCGGGCACCAUUGCCCUCCUCUCGGCCACCACAUUCGUUUCUGAAGUAGAUUCGCCCACCCUUUCCCUCAUGGUCCCUCUCCUGUCUCGUGGUCUCUCCGAAAAGCUGACCGCCACCAAGCGAAAGGUUGCUGUCAUCGUCGACAACAUGGCCAAGCUCGUCGACUCUCACGUCACUGUCCGACCUUUCCUUCCCAGCCUUCUCCCUGGUCUCCUCAAGGUUGAGUCCGCCAUCGGUGACCCAGAAGCCCGAGGUGUUGUCGCUCGUGCCAUCGCCACCUUGCGCCAGGUCGGCCAGGUGCCUGAGGGUGAUGGUUCUGACCUCCCCCCUCUCAAGCACGCUGAAGGAGGUCAGCUCGCCCACUCCCUUGUCCAGAUCUACAAGAAAUUGGGUACCGAGAUUUCCCCUGGCAACCUCGACACCAUGUAUGCGUCCGCCCUUGCUGCCAACCUCGUCAACUCCAAGAACUUCGAAGUUCCUGAAUGGGACACCCUUGCUCCUUACCUCACCUUCAUCGCUGCCACGCCUGAGCCCGUCACAGUCGCUCGUGAGUGGGUCGUUCGCUCUGCCACUGAGGGCACAGACGACGAGGAGGUCCCCGAAGAUGAAGAGGAAGGCGAAGACCUUUGCAACUGCCAAUUCUCUCUGGCUUAUGGUGCCAAGAUCCUGCUCAACACUGCUGUUCUCCGUCUUAAGCGUGGCCAUCGCUACGGUCUAUGCGGUAAGAACGGUACUGGAAAGUCGACCCUCAUGCGCGCCAUCACCAACGGCCAAGUCGAGGGCUUCCCAUCUCCUGAUGAGGUUCGCACCUUCUAUGUUGAGCACGACAUUGACGGGAGCGAAGAAGAAACUUCCGUUCUUGAGUUCAUCGUCACUGACAAGCGUAUUCUCGCUACCAAGGAGGACAUCAUUGAGACCCUUGCAUCUGUUGGUUUCAGUGACGAGCGUCAAGCUCAGGCCAUCGGCAGUUUGUCUGGUGGUUGGAAGAUGAAGCUUGCACUGGCCCGCGCGAUGUUGUUCAAGGCAGACAUUCUUCUACUUGAUGAGCCCACUAACCAUCUCGACGUUGUCAAUGUUGCUUGGUUGGAGAAUUACUUGACCAACCUGAAGACCUGCACUUCCAUUAUCGUCUCUCACGAUUCCAGCUUCCUUAACAACACCAUCACCGACGUCCUCCAUCUUAACCGCUUCAAGCUUCGCAGAUAUCGUGGUAACCUCGAGAAGUUCGUUCAACAAGUUCCCGAGGCCAAGUCCUACUAUACUCUUGAGGCUGCUGAGGAUUACAAAUUCAAGCUCCCUGAUCCCCCUCUUCUUGAGGGUGUCAAGACCAAGGAGAAGAGUCUGCUUAAGAUGCGCAAGGUUGGCUUCCAAUACCCAACACAACCUGUUCAGCAACUCUACGACAUCACACUCCAAGUCUCCCUCUCUUCGCGUGUUGCCGUUCUCGGUCCCAACGGUUCCGGCAAGUCCACUCUCGUCAAGCUCUUGAUUGGCGACAUGGAGGCAAACAAGGGCGGUGAGAUCUGGAAGCACCCCAACUUGGUCAUCGGUUACGUUGCUCAGCAUGCCUUCCACCACAUCGAUCAUCACCUUGACAAGACUCCCCUCGAGUACAUGCUCUGGCGUUACCAGACUGGUGAAGAUUUGGAGGAGAUGACCAAGGCCAACCGCCAGAUCUCGGAGGAGGAGAUGCAGAAGAUGAAGGAUGGUGCCUUGAUCGUUAUCGAAGGUCAGAAGAGGACCAUCGAUGAGAUUCUCGCCAGGAAGAAGCUCAAGCAGUCGUACGAGUAUGAGGUUUCCUUCAAGGGCCUCAGCUCUUCUGAAAACAUUUGGUUGCCCCGUGACGACCUCGUCAAGCGCGGUUUUGAGAAGAAAGUCAUCGAAGUUGACACCCGUGAGGCCCAGCGCCUCGGCUUGCUCCGCCCCCUUGUUCGCCGGGAGAUUGAGAAGCACUUCGCCGACUUCGGUCUUGAGCCCGAGUUCGUCUCGCAUAACACCAUGAGGGGUCUUUCUGGUGGUCAGAAAGUCAAGAUUGUGCUUGGUGCUGCUACAUGGCGUCGUCCCCACGUCAUGUGCUUGGAUGAACCUACCAAUUAUCUCGAUCGUGAAUCGCUCGCUGCGCUCAUCGAGGCGCUCAAGGUCUUUGAGGGUGGUGUGCUCGUCAUUACUCACAACCGAGACUUCUCCGAGUCACUCUGCAAGGAAGUUUGGGCCAUGCGCGACGGUCGCUUGGAGGCAUCUGGCCACAACUGGGUUGAGGGUCAGGGCUCAGGGGCACGCAUUGAUAAGAAUGACGGAGAGGAGGAUGUCCAGUACGAUGCUAUGGGCAACAAGAUCGACAACAAGAAGGCCAAGAAGUUGACGUCGUCAGAGCAACGCAAGCUCAAGAAGGAGCGCAUGGCACGGAAGAAGAGAGGCGAGGAGGUCACUGAUGAUGAGCUCUAAGCUUGUUUCAAAUCUUGCAUUGUUCAUAUGUAUACCAUCAGUUUCUUCUUGUCCCUCCAUCUCUUGCAUGUUAUACCGUUGUCUCCUACACUCGUCUAUCUUCCAUGUUGUUUGUAUGUCCAGUAUGUACUAUGGCUCACCUGUCCCUAAUUCUUUAUUUUAUGAAUGCAUCUACUUCACGAUUUCCA